UGGUUGAAUGAUGCGGUGCGCUUUAUUGCGCUUUUGCGCACAAACCUGAUCUCAGUAUCAGUCCUGCGCAUAAGUGGGCGGACACCAGAAGCAGGGUGGGACACUUAAACUCCCUACAAACUUCUUAGACGUACUCAAAACUUUAAACUUCACUGGAAAAUCCUCACCUAGCUGACUGAGCUCCUGCAGAAACAUGUCGGACAGCGCCUCCGAUCCAGCCUCCAUUACCAACCCGGUAAAGUUUAAGAACCAGGACUUCGUGUCUUUGUGUGAUGAUUGUCUCAAGUCCAGCAAACUCUUCGUGGACACGAGCUUUCCUGCUGAUCAGAACUCUAUCGGCAUGCCGGCAGAUCCGGACCCCAAAAUGGUCAUCAAGUGGCUUAGACCCAAGGAUAUCAGCAGCAACGCUGUCUUCGUGGAAGGAACCACAGGCACUACUGAUAUCUGCCAAGGCCAGCUGGGUAACUGCUGGCUGCUUGCUGCUCUCUCAUGUCUCACUAUGCACCCUACUCUGUUUGAGAAAGUGGUCCCAUCCGGACAAACCAUGGAUGAAUCAUCCUAUGCUGGAAUUUUCCGCUUCAGGUUCUGGCAGUAUGGUGAGUGGGUGGAGGUGGUGGUUGAUGACAGGUUGCCCGUGCGAGGAGGCCGUCUGCUCUUCAGCUACUCGCGCACUAAGAACGAGUUCUGGAGCGCCCUAGUGGAGAAAGCUUACGCCAAGUUGACUGGAUCGUACAGCAGUCUGAAGGGAGGCAACAUUUCUGAGGGGAUGGAGGACUUCACGGGCGGCAUUGCCUACACUCGUCCUGUUUCCUCCCGCACUCCUCCUGUCCUGUGGAGGACUCUUACUGCCGCGCUGUCCAGGGGCAGCCUACUCAGCUGCUUCAUACAGGCCAAAAGUGUGAAAGAGAUUGGCAGUGUGUCUCCAGAGGGGCUGGUCAAAGGUCAUGCCUAUGCUAUUACUGCCACUGAUAAGGUGCACAAGAAAACUGAAACUGAGGAGGUGUUACUGGUGAGACUGAGAAACCCUUGGGGAUUUGUGGAGUACUGUGGUCCGUGGGGUGACAAGUGUAAAGACUGGGAUGGCAUAGAGAAUGCAGAGAAGACCAGAAUCAAAUUGAACAUUGAAGAAGAUGGAGAAUUUUGGAUUGGAGUGCAGGACUUUUGCAAGCUGUUUGACACAGUGGAGUUGUGUAGUGUGAAUCCUGACUCUGAUGCUGGAGAGGAAGGUAGUGAUUCCUCCUGGUCCUUGACCUCCCAUAAGGGAUCCUGGGUGCCCAUGUGUUCAGCAGGGGGCAGUCGCAAAAACCCAAAAACUUUCUGUAAGAACCCUCAGUUCCACUUGAUUCUGUCGCAGCAGGAUGCGGAGGAUGUGGAAAUUGACGAGGAUGAAUUGGAUGCCGGAGAUGAUGAUGACAAUAUCAGCACUGCAGCUCCACCAAAGAUCUCUUUGGACAAACAAAAAGAGAAGAUGAAGAAAUGCACGGUGCUGAUAGAGCUGCUGCAGAAACACCGUCGAUUGAAAGACAAAGUCAACUUCCUUUAUAUCGGCUACCACAUCUACAAAUUGCCCCCUGAGCUACAGGACAGCACAGGUUCUUUUAACCAGGAGUUUUUUGACACUAACCCGCUGGUGGGCCGAUCUGGAAUGUAUCGCAAUGUACGGGCUGUGUGGAGGAAGGUGCACUUGGACCCGGGGCACUACAUCAUUGUGGCGUCCACACAGAGGCCCAACCAGCCUGGGGAGUUUUUCCUCCGCAUCUAUGCAAAGAAUGGCAACUCACUGGGGGUUCGUGAUAUCAGCUGUUCUGCUGAUAUUAGCAUGACUGUCAUGUCAGAACCUCCAUCAGCUGAGGAUCAGAGAAUGGUGCAGACGUGGUUUGAUGAGAAAGCUGGACCGGACGACAAAUUAAACGCGAUGGAGUUCAUGAAGCUGGUCAACUCAGUGCUGGAGAAGGACUACCAUGUUCCUCUGGAGACCUGCAGACAGCUCGUUUUUUCCCAAAACACUGAAGGUAGAGGUUGGCUGAGUCGUGAUCAGGCUCAUUAUCUCCUCUCAUCUCUGCGCAGGCUGCAGUCAAUCUUUCUUGAGUAUGACGAGGAUUCAUCUGGAUCCAUUAGUCCUUUUGAGCUUAGUCAAGCUCUUAAAGCAGCAGGUGUGCAGUGUGAUAAUAACAUUCUACACAUGCUGUGGGAGCGCUUUGGCUCUGGAGAGCAGCAGCUGCCUUUCUACAUCUUCGUGUCAUGUGUUACCAGACUGCAAGUCCUCUUUGCUCUGUUUGAGUCAGAAAACAGCCCAGAGGUGAAGAGCAGAGGCAUAAACACGUGGCUGCUCAGACUGCUGGCUGUGUGAGCACGCUCAGAUGUGACACCUCAGCAGGACAGACCUGUACGGCCAGGACUAUGCAGACGUCAUCCACCUGGACCUGCGUUAUUUCUCUCUCUCACUCUAUCUGUUUCAUUUCAUUUAUAUCACACUGUCUCAGCCUUGUUCCAAUUGCUUCCGCCCACACAUCCCUCCAUCUCUCUAUCCCUCUAUCCGCUAUCCCUCUACAGUAUAUGACGCAGGUCAUUUGGGUCAUUCCUGAUUAUGGUCCAGACACAUAAUAUUUGUGUUUUAAAAUAAAAAGCAUAAUAAGGCCAAAGUUCUGGAUUACUACAAUUUGUAUUAACCAUACUUUUAUACUAUCUGUCUGAUAUAUUAUCUAAUAGUUAUGUUUGGUUUUUAUGCUUGAUACCAAAUAUUUUUAUUCUAUACAGUUUAAUUUUGCAUAAACAGUUUUCACUUUUAACGGAUUGAAUGGUUAAUACUAAUCAACUGCAGCCGUAAUGUAUGUUAAAUGAAUUCAUAUAAACCGGAUACGUAUAAUAAAAAUGAUCCUAAAUAUUCCAGUGUUAAGAAUACUACAGAAAUGAGCAGAAAAUUGUAUUAUCGUUUCCAAGUUUGCCAAAUUUCUAGGUACCAGAUCAAAAUUUGAAAGCCUGGAAAAUCCAAAAUGAUCUGAAGAGAAAAGAAUAAAACAAAAAUGGUACAAAGGCUGGGAUUAGCAUGAGAUAAUAUUCAUUUUCUAUUAAAUACUUCUGUUCUGUUGGAAUGCAGUUAUCUGGUCUUAAGCCCGAUGCCAACCAAAACAUUUUGCUGUUUUAAAUAAAAUUUAUUAACGCUACCCGAGCAUGAAGAUAUAGAUGAGUAUUUCCUCCUCUUGUUUUUUUAUUCUUUCUUAGAGUGGGCAUGGGAAUCAAUGAUCUUUCAAAUAAAUCUGAGUAUCUAUAUAUAAA